UCCUCUCUGGCGUACGCAGUUCACUGCCGAUCACGGUUUACACACAGACACAGGCUCGCACAGGAAAACAAGAAGCUGAAUGAUAUAGCGACAUAUCAUCUUUUUAAAAAUAAAUUUACAAACACAAGUAGCCAGGAUCUCGACUACGGCCAUCAUCAUGAGUAUUAAACAAGCCUGCAUCUUUCUCAGGGGUGGAACGAAGAGACCCACAAGAGCUCUUACAAACGAUGAGAUUGAAGAGUUACGUGAAGCUUUUUUAGAGUUUGAUAAAGAUAAGGAUGGUUUCAUAACCUGUAAGGACUUGGGGAACCUGAUGAGGACCAUGGGUUACAUGCCGACUGAAAUGGAGCUCAUAGAACUGAGUCAGAACAUCAACAUGAAUUUGGGGGGACGGGUGGACUUUGACGAUUUUGUGGAACUAAUGACCCCAAAGCUCCUGGCUGAAACUGCAGGGAUGAUUGGGUUGAAGGAACUUAAAGACGCAUUUCGAGAGUUUGAUUUAGAUGGUGACGGUUCUAUCACAUCUGAGGAGCUGAAACGUGCCAUGACAAAGUUACUGGGAGAACAAACUAGCAAAAAGGAAAUUGAUGCAGUUGUCAAAGAAGUUGAUAACAACGGAGAUGGAACAGUUGACUUUGAGGGUGAGAUACAAGCACACACAAACACACAUGCUCACACAAACAGAUUUAGUCUUUUUUAUAGCCUUGCAUUAUCCUCUGCUUUCUAAAUGUUGAGUUAGCUGAGUGGCUCUGUGUAACACAGGAGCUGAAGUAAUACAAAUUAGUCAAUAAUAUUUGGUCAUACUAAGUGGCUACAGUUGAAAGUGUUAAAUAAGUUCAUCAAAAGACAUUUGAGAGAAAGUAGAAAGGCUCUGGUAUUGGCUCAUUGGUGUUUAGCUAUUCAAUAUCUUGUCUAUUCUCUUUCCAGAGUUUGUGAAGAUGAUGUCGCAGAAAUGAGGACAACAGAAUUAGUGGUUGAAUGGAGAAAAUGCCUUUUUAUCUAAUUAUGCUGAUGAAUAAUUUUGCAUUUCUUUCCUGUUAUUUCAGUGGCAUCUGCCUCAUACACAAUCACGUGGAGCUCAUUAAUUUCAACUUACCAAAGACGUUUUGAUCUUUUUGUUCAAAUUAAUGCAUAUAAAAUUGGUAAACAAAUUGAAUGGUAGAUCUAGACAGCCCUGUGUACGAUUUCAGGGGAUCAAUUAGCAGAAAUAGAUUAUAUUCAUAACUAUGUUUUCUUUAGUGUACAGUAACCUUAAACUAAGGAUCGUUUGUUUUCGUUAGCUCAGAAUGAGCCCUUCAUAUCUAGAUAGGGAGCCGGCCCUUUUCACGGAAUCUGCCGUGUUGCAGUGACAUUUUCCUACAGUAGCCCAGAACGGACAAACCAAAAACUAACGGAGGGGUAUUCAGUUGGUUGCAAUCCGCAACCUCACUGCUAGAUACCAAUGAAUCAACACACUGGUCCUUUGAGUUGUUGGGUAUUUCUCUUCAGCAAAUUUGAAAAGUUUGUUGUCAUCAGGUCCCCAGACCUGUCCUACAGAGCAGUAGUAUACACAUCAUUGUCAACUGUUCGAUAAGGAAGAACAAAUAAAUAUGCGAAAUUAGAGGUCUGCCAUGUCCAGCUAAAUAGGAAGCUGAAGUACUGAGAGUCUCAACAAAUCUGUGGGUCAAAUCAACAGUUUCAACAAUUGUCACUGUGUUGUGGAUAUGCUGCACUAUGGACUGGCCUUGGAGAACUCUAGUAAAACUAAUUAGUAAAAAAGUGUAUUUGCUAUUCAAAGAUGACACGCAUAAAAUGUAUUGACAGGUCCAUGUCUCAGUCACAAUCACAACUCGGCUGUCGACAUGAGCACUAUUUACAAGUCGGAAACUCGUAAAUACUGUAACUCUAAUGUUGUAUGAAUGAGCAUUAGCCCACAGAAGCUCGUAGAACCAGGACUCUGAAAGGACACUGUCUGCUUCUGUCAUCCCCAACUUUUCCUUAUAAGUUACAAUUAGGCAAACCCCAACAACUCUUAUUCACAUUGGGGGAAGGUAACAUUUAAAUUUCAUGAUACCUUGCAGUAGAUAAUGUGGGGGCAGCGUGGGAGAAUGAACUAUGUGCAUGCUUUUUCCUAAGGAUGAUCAGAUAAUAUUUUCCAUGGGUAUAUUGUGUGGACAAUGAAGACAGCUUAAUGCUUGCUGUAGGGAGUGUCUGCAGGGAAUUGAAUCUGAUCCAAAGGACAUUAUCAAUCAGCUGAGAAUGUUCAGCACUGACCUCCCGAAAUUAAUGUUUGACUAUAUACAUAUUAAAAUGUACAAUAAAAUAUAAAAUAUUAUGCACAGACAAACAGAUAACAAUACUUUAAACAAGUGUAGUGUAAGUGUGAUGUAAAAGUGUCAAGUGUAUUUAAAAAUAGAAAUAUAGAAGGGAUGUGCAGGGCAGUGUAUCGGUAGGAAAUUGUCCUGGGGAUAUAUGUCAGUAUAUUUUAAUGCCAUGUACUUGUAAGAUUUUGAAUUAGACUUUUACUUCUAGCAGAGUAUCUUCACACUACUGCAUGGUAUUCACAAAUGUGUUUUCUGGAACGAUGCUGUCUAAAUUCGCAGUGUUAAAGUUUUGGGAAAUACUUGAAUCUAUUUUUGAAAAUGCAAUGUGUUUCUUAGAUGUUUGUGAUUCAUCCUUUUUCAUUUCUAAAUUCUACAUGUAUGUGAAAUUUGAUGCAGUAAUUUGCCAGCAAACAUCCUCACAUUCAUUACCUUCACACCUUCUUUCUGAAGAGCCUGUGUUAAUAAGAACAUAUAUUCUUAAAUUAUAAAGUUCUGAAAAAGAGAAAAUAAACUCUUAAAAACUGCAUGUUGAGUCAGUCUGUCCAUCUAUACUGUGAGAUUGUUGAAGACAAACGGCAGAAUAGAACUGGAACACUUUAACAUGUUAUCAAGCAACAUACUGGAUGGCUUUUCAGUGUAGAAAACUUUCUAGUUUGUUUUGAUUAUCCCUAAUGAUUACGUCUAGCACUACUGUCAAGCCAAAAUUUUACAAAAUUUGAAAACAGUUUGGUCAGUGUGGACAGCAAUGUCACAAACUAAUUAAGGGCAUGUGUGUCUUUCAAUCAAUGUGAAUCUUGUGAGUAGUGUGAGUACAAAUGAUUACGAGAGUAUUGAUCUGGUCUUUAAUGGGCUGUAUAUUGUACUGUAGUAGUCUAGACCAGAGGUCUUCAACAGGGGUACCCUGAGGUACUGCAGGGGGUCCGCCAAAU